CCCUUCUAAACAAACUCAAUACUCCUAAACACAUAAUCCAUAAUAAAGAGAAUCAAAGUGAAACACCUAAAAAUUUCGACAAGCCUAUCCUCAACAAUAGUAAACAAACUCAUAAAAAUAUCCAAACUAAGAUAGAUAAUCAAGAGCAAGAAAUUCAAAA